AGUGACUCUCCAGUGUAGUCUCAUUGCGGGUCAGAGCUCCCCGUAGGCUGGAGCUGUGGGCUUUUCUUCAUUAUUUACAAGGCAGAAUGAAGAAUGACAAAAGAUUAUGACAGUUGCCAAAUAUGCCCUAUAAUUAGGCUAUUGGAUCGACAAAUUCUACUGAGCACUUAACAAAGAAUAACAAAUAAAAUGGAUCCUUUGCAGAAUGGGGAAAACAGUGAGGAGGACGCCCAGUGCGCAGAGGAAGACGAGGUGGAUCCGAGAAUUCAGGGAGAAUUGGAGAAGUUAAACCAGUCCACGGAUGACAUUAAUCGGUGGGAGAGUGAACUAGAGGACUACCGCCAGCGUUUCCGGGCAGUUCUUGUGGAAGCGACACUGAAGUUGGAUGAGCAGAUGAAAAGAAUUGGGAGAGCUGUGGAUGACUCUAAACCAUACUGGGAGGCUCGCAAAGUGGCUCGACAGGCCCAGAUUGAAGCCCAAAAGGCCACUCAAGAAUUCCAGCGAGCUGUGGAGAUCCUGAGAGCAGCUAAAGAAACUAUAGCUCUGGCUGAAGAGAGGCUGCUGGAGGAGGACAGUCGCCAGUUUGACUCUGCGUGGCAAGAGAUGUUAAACCAUGCUACACAAAGGGUAAUGGAAGCCGAGCAGGCAAGAACACGCAGCGAGGCCGAACACCGAAAAACUGCGGCCAAUUACAACUCCUGCAUCAGUCAUAUGAAGCAGCUAGAGAAGAAACUUAAGCGCUCCAUCAACAAAUCAAGGCCAUACUUUGAACUGAAAUCCAAGUAUUAUGUCCAACUUGAGCAACUGAAGCGCCAAGUGGAUGACCGUCAGGCUAAGCUAGUGGUGGCAAAGGCAGAGUACCGCACAGCUCUACGUAAUUUGGAAAGCAUAUCAGAGGAGAUCCACGCUCAGAGACGUUCUCUGGCUCUCGGCACCCGAGAGCAGGGCGUGGGUGCGGAGAAAGAUACCACCCAAGAGGACAUUGACAAAUUCAAGAUGGAAUCAGAUGGGUUAUCAAUGGUGUCCGUGUGCAUUGAUGAAGAGGUCAGUCAAAGCAGCUGCUCAGAGGAAGAGACAGACACUUCCUCUACUCCUUCGUCCUCAUCAUCCUCUACGCCCUUGGACAUGCCCUCCCAUUUCAUGUCCCCACCCCUGUCUCCCCUGUCCCCCUGUACCAGCACAGUGGAGCCUGAGAGCCCCUGCAACUCACACAGCCCAGAUUCCCCUGUCCUAGGCCCUCGCAGCCAGUGCAGUGGGGCCUCCUCUCCAGACUGUGACCAGGAGAGAGGUGACAGAGCAGAGGGCGCAGAAGUGACUCUAGAGGCAGGCUUAAAGAAGCUCACAUUGACUGUAGCACAGAAAGACUCAGGAGACUCUGGUGAACAAAGUGAUGACUUUAGGUAUGUGAGCCCAGAGGUUCCCCUGUCCAGCCCAUCUAAACCUCUUCUGCUCCUUAACAGUGUCUGAACUUCUGUUAAUGUGAUCACCAUCAUUAUCCUCAAUGUUAAGCUUAAAGACUUCGGGAUAAAAGAAACCUUUAAAACUGUGACCUGGGUGUGCAUUAAAGAUGCAUGACAUUUUUUUAACGUUUUAGCUACAUAGUACAUCUGGGCUUCCAAACAUGUUCAGUAAAAUAGAUCCAACAAGUCUAAUAUUCUAAAGUAUAAAUGGACAGUACUUCUUCAAUACUGUCCUACAAUAAGUUGUUCAUGAUAUUUUUGUACACAGCCAUAAAAGUGUUAACUGAACCAGCUUUAUUCAAAAAGCAUACAAUGUAUGACUCAUGUUUUUAAAUGGGUCUUUGUGUGGUCCUGCACUGAUUUUAAUUUAACAUUUCAUCUACAAAGUUGUUUUCUGCAAAAAAGUUACCACAAAAGUUAACACAUUUCUAUAGCUUAUAGAGUAUGCAAUUGACUAUGCCAGUGGUUUAUUGAUGCAACACUAAGAUUUUGUGUUCUUGUAGGCUUAAGUAUUAUAUAGUUGUUUAUUGUAUCACUCCAUUCAAGUUAACAUGUUAGCUAUGAUCUGAAGGAAGUUGAAGGUUAACAUUCAGUAUGCAGUCUAAAUAAACCUAGAUCCACUGAGAGUAAAUACUACUCAUCUUCCACUAAGAUUUGGAUGUGUUAAAGAGAUCAGUAUCUGAUUGCUCAUUGAUAUUUUAUGUCAAAAACCCAUUUGAACAAAUAAUCUAUAUUUAUAUAUGUAUAAUUUUGUAUAUGACAUUGUUGUGGGAUGAAUGUUGUUAAUAAAUGUGUUUUGUAAAACCUC